CACACAAUGAUGAACUUCACCUUAAUACUGGUUUUACUCUUCACCUUUGGUUGGAUCACUAAGUCCGAUUUUGAGUUUCACUCAGUGGUGGUUCAGCCUGGUGAAGAAGUCACCCUGCUGUGCUCCAACUUCAGCAAAUUUCCUCAACACAUAUUCUGGUUCAAACUGACUGACGGACCCAACAUCAGGAGAAUCUCUGCUAUGCAAUCUUCUGAAUCUGAAGCUAAACAUCUUGAAAGAUUUAAUCAUGAUAAAUUCAAUAUGACUUCCAACGGCACAAAAAUCUUUCUAAACAUCAAACAAGUGAAUUUUUCAGAUUCUGGAGUUUAUAUCUGUGGAAAAAACUCUGACAAAUAUAGACUGGACGGAUUCAAUGAAUUCGCCACUGUGAUUCUGGGAAGUGUAGUUGUUUUCCUUGUUACAGUCAUCAUAGGCUUAGUUUGGAAAAUCAAGACUUUCAAUACAGCUCAAGCCAACAGACGGAAUCAGAAACACAAUGAGAACCUGGACUCUGAUGCUCUGAACUAUACAGCGCUGCAUUUCAGACCUAAAACAAACAGCAACAUAAGGCCUUCUGCAGAGCGAGAGCUGGAUCAAAAUGUGCUGUAUGCCACCACGAGAUAA